AUGUUUGGUACACAAAAUAAGUUUUCAAUGAUGAAGAAAAGAUACAUUGGUGAUGGGUUGAAACUCUUCGUUAUUGGCCAUCGGCGAACAAAGGGUCCCAAUGCCCAUCACCACCCCAUUGGUCCCACAGCAGAUCCUAUAAGCUUUUCUUAUCGUACGUCAGCGCAAAUCCGUCGCCCUCCGCACUUCGUAUUUGCUCACAAUCAUCAUCAAUCAAUUCAAAGCUCGCUCUCUCGCCGGACAGAGCAGGGUUUCAGUUCCAUCUUGCUUGCCUUACGAUUGGAAAAAAAAAAAACUCACCGGUUUGAUUCAGUGGUUCACAAGGAUUCACGGGCUUCAAGUCCAACCGCGAACCCCAAAGUUCAUGCCAACAAGUACUGCCUUAUUCGAACUGUAAAUAACUCAAUGCGUCUUUAUGUAAAGUUUUCAACUUCCUUGGAGAUGGAUAAACCUGCAAAGGAGGCAAAAGAAUUGGCAAAAGAGACUCCAACUUCCCAGGAGCAGUCCUCAGGUAAUCCCAUGGGGGCUGUCCCUGAUUGGACGGGUUUUCAGGCUUAUUCCCCUAUGCCUCCACAUGGGUACUUAGCAUCAAGUCCUCAAGCACCUCCCUACAUGUGGGGGGUUCAGCAUCUUAUGCCACCUUAUGGUGCACCCCAUCCGUAUCUUGCUAUGUAUCCCCAUGGUGGCAUGUAUACUCAUCCAUCUAUGCCUCCGGGAUCAUAUCCUUAUCCAUAUGCAAUGCCCUCUCCAAACGGUGUUGCUGAAGCUUCCGGUAACACUACACCUGGAAGUAUGGAAGUGAAUGGUAAGUCAUCCGAGGGGAAAGAGAAACUUCCUAUUAAAAGAUCAAAGGGAAGUCUUGGAAGUUUAAAUAUGAUCACAGGCAAGAACAAUGAAUCCAGUAAAACAGGCGCAUCUGGUAAUGGAUCUUCUCCCAAAAGUGGUGAGAGUGGAAGUGAAGGUUCAAGUGAAGGAAGUGAUGCAAAUUCUGAAAAUAAUUCACAAAUGAAGUCAGGAUCCAGACAGGAUUCUAUGGAAGGUGAAGAAUCUCAGAAUGGAAACAACAUGCAUGGUUGUCAAAACGGAGGGCCAAAUCAUUCAAUGGCAAUUGUGCCAAUAUCAGGUCCAGGAAGUGUUGUAGGUCCGGGUCCCACGACAAAUUUAAAUAUUGUUUCAGGGGGAAUGCUUGCUGCUGCUGGCUCAAGGGAAACCAUUCAGCCACAGAUAUGGCUACAGGAUGAAAGGGAGCUAAAAAGGCAGAGAAGGAAGCAAUCGAAUAGGGAGUCUGCUCGCAGAUCCAGAUUGCGCAAACAGGCGGAAUGUGAUGAGCUGGCUCAACGGGCGGAAGCGUUGAAGGAUGAAAACGCGUCUCUUAGAGCGGAAGUGAGUCGCAUUAGGACCGAUUAUGACCAGCUUCUUGCUGAGAAUGCAUCCCUUAAGGAGAGACUAGGGGAAACUCCUAAAAAAAAUAAUGAAGAGGGAGAAACGCAAGUUGUGCAGAGUGGGUAGCAAACGUAGUUGACAGAGGGGAGGUGGGGUUUAACCUUAACGGAAUGGAAUUAGCAAACAGGAAAAUCUGUGGUUUUGCUUACAUUACAUGGUAGUAACUAUUAGUAGUAGUAGUAGUAGAAAGACCCCAUUGAUACUGACCAUUUUUCCUCUUUUAGAUGGCAGGAUAUUAAUGACAUGAUAUUAAUUGUAUCCAUCUUUUCUGAAUUCAUCUAUCUUUUGAGCUUCUUGAGGAACAUAACUUGUAGAGUGCCAAAUACGUUAUAUGACGUUUAUUGACUUCAAAGCUUUUCAUCUCACCUCUUUAAAUUGCAGACGAAUUUUUUUGUUUUCAGUCAAUCAAUA